AUUCAUGUUAAAUACGUAAACAUUAAUCCACGGAUAAAGACAAACCGGGGGAAGAUACAUUUUCUUUCGAUUCAACCUUUUCUGUUUAUAGUUAUGACGCGAUAGAAAAGGUGGGAGGGCCGACAGGAAGGAGAGAGUGAAAACAUAAUUCAGUCCGUAGACUCCUGCAUUGAAGGGCUUUGCUAAACCGGAGGACCUGUUGUUCUGUUGUUAUCUGUACUUGGCUUAAUGAAAUUACUACAGUAUACGUUUGAUAAUAAGGAUCGCGCUUCCAGCUGUCAUUGUGCGCAGGUCGUCAGAGGAAUCAUUGAAGUCAGAUGGGUCAGGCACUGUGGAGGCUGCCUCCCAGACAACAGCAGCAGCUUCAGGAAGAGCUCGCUGAUCGACUGGCUGAGAGAGGAGGGGGAGGAAGACAGGAGCAAGGGAGAGAUGCAGGCUCCCAGAAAAGAGCUCCACAGCACUGCUAUCGGCCUGACAUCUAUCAUCUGCUGAGAACACGCAGUGGCGGUAAGGAACCUCAUGGUUUUAUAGACUUGGAGAUGCUGCCACCUGAACUGGGCAUCACCAUACUGUCAUACCUGAAUGCUACUGAUCUGUGCCUGGCUGGAUGUGUGUGGCAGGGUCUAGGAAAGGAUGAAUAUCUUUGGCAGGGGCUCUGUAAGUCCACCUGGGGCCACUGCUCCAUCUACAACAGAAGGCUUCCUGCUGGUUUCUCAUAUAGAAGACUAUACCUACAGCUAGAUGAAGGCAGCCUGACAUUCAAUGCUAACCCACAGGAGGGUAUCAGUUACUUCAUGUCCAAAGGUAUACUAGUGGAUCACCCCACUGAGCUGGCAAAGUUUAUUUUCUACACCAGACGGCUCAACUGGAAGAUGCUAAGGAUUUAUCUGGAUGAGAGACGGGAUGUCCUGGAUGAGUUGGUGAAGCUCCAUAACUUCAGUAACCAGUUUCUCCCCAACGCUCUGAGGGAUUUCUUCAGACACAUCCAUGCGCCCGAGGAGAGAGGAGAAUAUCUGGAAACCCUUAUUACCAAGUUCAGCCACAGGUUUUGUACCUGUAACCCUGGGCUUGUUCGAGAGCUAGGCCUCAGUCCUGAUGCUGUGUAUGUGCUGUGCUACAGCCUUAUCCUGCUCUCCAUCGACCUCACCAGCCCACACGUGAAAAACAAAAUGUCCAAGAGGGAGUUUAUCAGGAACACACGACGAGCGGCACACAAUGUUUCGGAUGACUUCGUAGGCCACCUCUACGAUAACAUCUACCUGAUCGGCCAUGUUGCUGCGUAGCCUCGACUGUCAGCUGACCGUGCUGCACUGAAAAAAUAAGAAGCGGCCUCGUGUCUAAAAGUAUGGAUCACCACAGAAAUGGAUUCGAACAACUUUUCACAUCUAACGAGGAACACGACGGCUAAAUCUUACUGGAAAGAUCAGAAACAGAAAUAACAUUGUCACUCUGCGAGAGACACUGUGCUACUAAAAAUUAAUGUUGACAUGUGCAAGAACCUAAUUUCUUAAAAACCCAGUCACUGCAGAGGAGGAGAUUUGAAGUAGAGCCAUGAAGACACUGCACUGAUUGAAAGGGACUACUGACUGAUGGUGGAGCAAGAGCAGGAAAAGCUUCGUCUUCUGCUGAUUGCGUUUAGCUAAGCGCCGCUCGUCUCUCAGCUGCAGGAUGAAGCCUGGCUCUCUUGUUGGUAGUGACACACGACAUUAAAGGGAGCUAACACAGUAUCAAACACACCAUCAGUUUAAUAAGAAUAUUAAUUGUUAAGCAGUUGAGCCCAUGGUGUAAACAGUAGGCUUGAUCAGCCGUAUGGACGCUAUGGCUAGUAGAUCAGCUGUAGACAGUGUUUUUGAAACUGCUUUGCUGAAUCAGCCUAAAUAUGUCUCAAAACCCUCCGAACUAUAAUUUAACCACUGGGUUCUCAGCCUGAGGCAUAAGAGUCAGCACACGUGAACACUAAACGAUGCCAUGUAACAGGGUUUUACCUGCAGUAUCUGUAACAAACAGUUAUGGAGGCUAUAAUACUACUGCGGCAACGCUGAAGUCAAACAGAAGAUUCCUGCUGCAAGUCGGAAAGAUUUUCUGAUUAUAUUAAUGAAAGAAAAUUGAGACACUCUACAUGCACAUGUAGUUUAUAAUGAAUGUGUGGAAAUGUUGUUCUUGCAGGAGGGCUGCUGUUGUAAAUUUUAAAUAUUGCAAAUUGCAAUACAGUUGAUUGUUAGUAACAGCUAAUAAACAUGCAUAUCUUUAGUUACUUACAUUUAGUUGAAAGUGAGUAUGUGAUUUAAUGUGUCAUAGCAGUGGCUGAUGGAGAUGGACGGCUAUUAAGAGAAAAAUAGCUCAAAUCAAGUGUAGAAGGAGAUAAUGUUAGCCAAGAAAAGAGGAGUUUUGUUGGGGAUUUGUCUCCUGAACUGGAAUGCCAGAACAUUUAUAACAGAGUAUAAAUAUGAUUUAGGGCGUUCAUAAAACUCCUGAACAGUGCACGAGUUUAGCCCGACUGCUACAGUUUAGUUUUAUUUCCUGAACAAAACAUCUUCCACUUUGUUCUGUGACAUUAAUCACAUGUAGUGUAAUUCUGUGUUACAGUAACACCACAACCCCUGCAAAAGCAGUCCCAUGCUUUCAGAGGUCAGUGAGUUUUAUUUAGCUUUCUAUUUAUGCUAACUGGCUGUACGGUGUCUGAGCUGUUAUUGAUGGAUGUGUAAGGUAACACUACAGUAGGGAGGACAUAGAUUGAUUGUGGAUUCUACUUUUUACUAAAAGUAAAGUUUUAAUCAGGUGACCUGAACCAUCUUGUAGAUAUGCUGCAGUAUGCUUCGGGUGCUGGGGGGCUUCCCAUGAUGCACGGAGCACUUCUUCUUCUUCACCUCUUUGUUUUCAUGCCAGCACUAUAUUUAAUUAUUAGCAGUGAUUAAACUCUGCUUCCUGUCUCUCUCUGCUCUCUCAUCUUCUCGUUAUUCCCCACCACGAUACUCACUCUGUGCUCGUAGCUUCCUACAGCGAGUGCCAACAGCAGGAUGUAGCUGCAGCUAAAGGUUCACUUAAUGUAACCAUAGCAACAAGACAACACAUUUUCUGUGGUUUAAUUAAGGGUUUGAUUUUAUUUUAUUGGGUAUUGUAAAACAGUCAAAAGAUACUGGUUUUGUUUUCUGUCCUACUCAUUCUCUUUAGAUCAUUAUCACUCAGACGUUUGACACGAAUGUUUAAAUUAUGAAAUCUGUUGUUUUUUUCAGUGUUCUUAUGUUAUGAAACUCAAAAUGCACUGAGAACUUGUUCCAAGGAUGUGUCUUUAUUUUCCUGACGAGUUUCAACCAAGAGAGAAACUUGUGGCAUUCCCUCAGAGCGAGCGAGACAAGCAAUGCUCCUCUUGUCUAAAUUAAAAUGUACGAAAGUAAAGCGAUCUCUCUCCUUUAA